GUUCUUUUCUCCCUGAUUGCCCUUUAUGGGCGCGGGGACUGCCGUGUGGCCAACGCCGAGGAGAAGCUCAUGGAUGACCUUCUGAACAAAACUCGCUAUAACAACCUGAUCCGUCCAGCCACCAGCAACUCCCAACUUAUCUCCAUCCACCUACAGCUCUCCCUGGCCCAGCUCAUCAGUGUGAAUGAGCGAGAACAGAUCAUGACCACCAACGUCUGGCUGAAACAGGAAUGGACUGAUUACCGCCUAACCUGGGACAGCUCCCACUACGAAGGCGUGAAUAUCCUGAGGAUCCCUGCAAAGCGUGUCUGGCUGCCUGACAUCGUACUGUAUAAUAACGCUGAUGGAACCUAUGAAGUGUCCCUCUAUACCAAUGUGGUGGUCCGCUCCAAUGGCAGCAUCUUUUGGUUGCCCCCUGCCAUCUACAAGAGUGCCUGCAAGAUUGAAGUGAAGCACUUCCCCUUCGACCAGCAGAACUGCACCCUCAAAUUCCGCUCCUGGACCUAUGACCACACAGAGAUCGACAUGGUCCUCAAGUCGCCCACAGCCAGUGUUGAUGACUUUACUCCUAGUGGUGAGUGGGACAUUGUGGCUCUUCCAGGGCGAAGGACGGUGAACCCACAGGACCCUAGCUAUGUGGACGUGACUUACGACUUUAUCAUCAAGCGCAAGCCACUCUUCUAUACCAUCAACCUCAUCAUCCCCUGUGUGCUCAUCACCUCACUGGCUAUCCUUGUCUUCUACCUGCCCUCUGACUGUGGUGAGAAGAUGACACUGUGCAUCUCUGUGCUGCUGGCCCUGACUGUCUUUCUGCUGCUCAUCUCCAAAAUUGUGCCACCCACCUCCUUGGAUGUGCCACUCAUUGGCAAAUACCUCAUGUUCACCAUGGUACUGGUCACCUUCUCCAUUGUCACCAGUGUUUGUGUACUCAAUGUGCACCACCGCUCACCCAGCACCCACACCAUGGCACCCUGGGUCCAGCGCUGCUUCCUACACAAGCUGCCCACCUUCCUUUUCAUGAAGCGCCCAGAAAGCAGCCCUACCAAGGCUCCCCAGCCCAGUCAGUUGUGCUUGACCAAGACCGAGGCCACCACCACUUCCUCUUCCAUGGGCUCUACCAGCCCCUCCAACUUCUACAGGAACUCCAUGUAUUUUGUGAAUCCCGCUUCUGCAGCUCCCAAGUCUCCAGCUGGUUCCAACUCGGCAGGUAUCCCCAGGGAUUUCCGGCUGAGGUCCUCUGGGAGGUUCCAGCAGGAUGUUCAGGAGGCCUUGGAUGGUGUCAGCUUCAUUGCCCAGCACAUGAAGAGUGACGAUCAAGACCAGAGUGUCAUUGAGGACUGGAAGUACGUGGCCAUGGUGGUUGACCGGCUGUUCCUGUGGGUGUUUGUGUUUGUGUGUGUGGUGGGCACUGUGGGGCUCUUCCUGCCUCCUCUCUUCCAGACCCAUACACCCACUGAGGAGCCUUAG